GAAAAAAAUCAUUAUAAGAAAAAGAAAAGGACGACGGUGCCGGGUGGAGAAGAGGCCGUGGCUCAACCCUCUGGACAAUCCAGGGUUUACAAUCUGCUUUAAACCUCAAAGAUAUUUUCCCUCCUUUACCUUAAACAUCAGGCGAUAAUCCCUUUCCUCCGGCCACUCUGAACCCUAGAAUUUCAAAUUCCCCAACUCAAAUUACCUCAGAAAGUUAAAAAAAACUCAUUACAAUGGCGCUGGUUGAUACGUCGCCGCUUUCCACGGCGGCGACACCUUCCAAAGAUCUUUACCCCAGCGAACAAUUCUUGCAAUACGAAGAAGAGGUGCUUCGGAAUCAGUACAGUUUGAAGCUGUGGUGGCGCUAUCUCAUUGCGUUAACCGACGCUCCGUUCGUGAAGAGGCAAGUUAUUUACGAGCGUGCACUCAAGUACCUGCCGGGGAGCUACAAGAUUUGGUACGCCUAUCUCCGGGAACGUCUCGAACUGGUUAGAAACCUUCCUGUUACUCAUUAUAAGAAUGAAUCUCUCAACAAUACUUUUGAAAGAGCCCUCGUCACUAUGCAUAAGAUGCCUCGAAUUUGGAUUAUGUACCUCGAGUUUUUAACUAAGCAGAAACUUGUUACAGUCACCCGUAGGACUUUCGAUCGAGCGCUCUGUGCGUUGCCUGUUACUCAGCAUGAACGAAUUUGGGGUCCUUAUUUAAAGUUUGUCGGUCAAAAUGGCAUUCCCAUUGAGACUUCACUUAGGGUUUACCGUAGGUACUUGAUGUUUGAUCCCAGUCACGUCGAGGACUUUAUUGAUUUUCUUAAGCAUUCAGAGCGUUGGCAAGAGGCUGCUGAGAGGUUGGCCGGGGUUUUGAACGAUGACAAGUUUUAUUCCAUCAAGGGGAAGACCAAGCAUCAGUUGUGGUUGGAGUUGUGUGAUUUGUUGACUCAACACGCCGCGGAAAUUUCUGGGUUGAAUGUGGAUGCCAUUAUUAGAGGCGGGAUUAGGAAAUUCACUGAUGAGGUUGGGAGGUUGUGGGCAGCUUUGGCUGAAUAUUAUGUCCGGAGGGGAUUGUUCGAGAAGGCUAGGGACAUUUUUGAGGAAGGAAUGACUACUGUGGUGACUGUUCGGGAUUUCAGUGUGAUUUUUGAUGCAUAUUCUCAGUUUGAAGAGACUACACUUUCUACCAUCAUGGAAACUAUGAGUGAGAGUGAAGAUGAGUCUGAAGCUGAGGACGAUGAUGAGAGCGAGGCGAAUGGAGAAGAGGAGGAAGAUCCAUUUAAUGUGGAUAAGUUGAUCAAGAAUCUUAAGACUUUUUGGUUAGCAGAGGAUGUCAUGAUGAAAGAUGUUGAUUUGAGGCUGGCAAGGUUGGACCAUUUGAUGGACAGGAGGCCAGAAUUAGCCAACAGUGUUCUUCUGAGGCAGAACCCGCACAAUGUGGAGCAGUGGCAUAGGAGGGUGAAACUUUUUGAGGGCAAUCCCACGAAACAAAUAUUGACUUACACAGAAGCUGUGAAGACAAUCGACCCUAUGAAAGCUGUAGGAAAGCCACAUACUUUGUGGGUUGCUUUUGCGAUGCUUUAUGAGAGCCACAAUGACAUUAAAAAUGCUCGUGUGAUUUUUGACAAGGCUGUGCAAGUCAACUAUAAGGCUGUGGAUCAUUUGGCUAGUGUUUGGUGUGAAUGGGCAGAGAUGGAGGUGAGACACAAAAAUUUCAAGGGUGCAUUGGACUUGAUGAGGCGUGCUACUGCAGUGCCAUCAGUCGAGGUCAAACGACGAGUGGCAGCUGAUGGCAAUGAACCAGUGCAGAUGAAGAUUCACAAAUCUUUAAAAUUGUGGAGUUUUUAUGUUGACUUGGAGGAAAGCCUGGGGACUCUGGAGUCCACUCGGGAAGUGUAUGAGAGUAUAUUGGAUCUCAAGAUCGCAACACCUCAAAUUAUUAUUAACUAUGCUAUGCUUUUAGAGGAUCAUAAGUACUUUGAGGAUGCUUUCAAAGUCUAUGAAAGAGGGGUGAAGAUUUUCAAAUAUCCACAUGCAAAAGAUAUCUGGGUGACUUACCUUACUAAGUUUGUUGCAAGAUACGGGAGGUCAAAGCUUGAAAGGGCUCGGGAACUAUUUGAGCAUGCAGUUGAAGUGGCUCCUGCAGAGGUUGUCAAGCCAUUAUAUUUGCAAUAUGCCAAGUUGGAAGAAGACUUUGGCUUGGCCAAGCGAGCAAUGAGGGUAUAUGAUCAAGCCACGAAGGCUGUUCCUGCUGCAGAGAAAUUAAGCAUGUAUGAAAUUUACAUCGCUCGCGCUGCUGAGAUUUUUGGUGUUCCAAAAACAAGAGAAAUAUAUGAACAGGCAAUUGAGUCUGGUCUGCCAGACAAGGAUGUAAAGAUAAUGUGCUUGAAGUAUGCUGAACUUGAGAAAAGCUUGGGAGAAAUUGAUCGUGCCCGUGCUUUAUACAAGCACUCAUCUCAGUUUGUGGACCCCAGAUCUGAUCCUGACUUCUGGUUGAAAUGGCAUGAGUUUGAGGUGCAGCAUGGUAAUGAGGACACAUUCCGGGAAAUGCUCCGUGUUAAAAGGAGUGUUUCUGCAAGCUAUAGCCAGACGCAUUUCAUCCUUCCGGAGUAUUUGAUGCAAAAAGAUCAAGUGCAGACACUUGAGGAUGCAAAAGACGCGUUGAAGAAAGCGGGUGUUGCUGAUGAUGAAAUGGCAGCGCUGGAAAGGCAGGUGAUGCCUGCUGCAAGUGAGUCCGUUAGAGAUUCCAAUCGCGUGCUUGGCUUUGUCAGUGCCGGUGUUCAGUCGGCUGGUGAUGGUGCUCAACAGAAUAUGACAACUGAGGAUAUUGAGCUGCCUGAAGAAAGUGAUUCUGAAGAUGAUGAGAAUGUCGAGAUUGCACAAAAGGAUGUUCCAACUGCCGUCUUUGGAGGUCUUGUACGGAAAAGAGAAGAGACUGAUGCUGUUGAUGGUGAUGCUGGUACUGGUGAUGCAGAAGGAGGUUUGGGAGCUCUUGCUAGAAUUAAAAGGAGCCGGGGUGCUUGAUGAUGAUAAAUGGAGAUCACCCAGAAAUUACAGGUUCAACACUUAAACAUCCACUUUGUCGAAGGAGAUUUUUGUAGUGUUGUGCAUGUAUCACAGGUUCCAGUACCUAACCCUGCAUGGACUUGUUAAAUUAGUUUUACUUCCUUCAUGAGAUGCAGGUUGUUUGGACCCGAAAAAGGAAGGGGAGCAUAGGGGAAAAGUGUUCUGAACCUCGGUUCCAUAUUAACUGAUACUGAAUACUGUAUGUUGUGUGGUUUUCCGCUCAUUUCUCCUUUUUGAGACGGAAGAUUGGGUUUAAUGUUGAACAUGUAGUUAUCCUUUUCAAGCCUUAGUGAUAAAUAUUGAGUUGUAUAUCCAAUGGAUGAGGAUUUAGGAAUUUGAUUCUCAAAAGUUUUUGCCUUUGACUUUUAGGGAAACAAUAGAUUACUAUGGUUCAUUCCUUAGUCCAUAUAUAGACAACGUUUCCCGCACCCCUCUUUCCCUUUUAGGCCCCUUUUAUAGAGUACUUGUGCCGUUACCUAUUCAUGUCCAUCAAUCCUUAUUGAUUAAUCAAAGUGAGACUUUUUGAGUUGUUGUUACAAGUUAAUAUCUCGAUUAUGAAUGGCUUUUGCUGCAUAUAAUUUCUCCACACUUAUGUUUCGGCUUCUUUUGGUUGUUGCAUGCAAGGGAUAAUUAUUAAUUGGAUCUGUCCUCUUGUUUGCUUGCAUUGGAAACUAGAUGAGAUACUUUGAUUAUUUUCUUAUAUUUUUAAGUCUUUUAUUAUUGAACUGGUUCUGCUUUGGUGAAUCUAUAAACUCCUGCCCGUACAACAAAUCAGAUGUGUUCAUACCUCUGGCAGAUUCAUCCUUCGUUACUCUCAUUUUUGUGUGAAGUCAGGAUUCGGCAGGGAAAUUUGAGUUAAUCAUCUUAGUAGCAAUAUCCACUGUUAUCUUCUUUAGUAACUUGAAGUUGACUUUGAAUUCCUCUUGCAGAAAGAAAGAUCUACAUCUAAGCAUUACCUAUUUUCUAUCUUGAUUUGGUUCUAUGGACAUUUAUAAACUGGUAGGUGAUUGCAUCAUCACCUAAAUCUAGGAUGUUUGUGAGGAUAUUUGUGAAUUUCAAUAAGGUUAAGAUUAAGAACUAAGAAAAGAGGAUAGAGUAGUUCUAUGAAAUUCCAGUUCAUCUUCUUCGAAGAAAUGUCUUGCCCUGAGCAUCCUCAUGAACAAUUCUCAUUACUUCUUUAGGAGGAGUGUGCUGCCAAAUUUGAGGGGUUUUUAGAUGAUAUCCCAUCUGUGCCAACUUGUCAGCAGCUCUAUUCCCUUCUCUAUAAAUAUGUGUUAUUAGGCAGUUAUGAAGUUCUGGAAUGAUUUGAUUUAUACUGCCAACAUAUUUUUGCACUUCUACGCACUUAACUCUUCUCUUUUGUGCAAUAAUUUGGACUAACGAUUUGGAAUCUCCUUCGAUCCAUACAUCUCUCCAACCGUGUUCCACAACAAGCUCCAGCCCUCUUUUAAGAGCAACCAAUUCUGCAAUGGUGCUGUUUGUUCGGCCGAUGAUGGAUUCUGCAUAGCCGAGCAAGAACUCAGCCUCAUGGUCCCUGAGAACGCCUCCAAUGCUUCCCCUUCCUGUCUUACACUUGCAGGAGCCAUCAAAGUUUAACUUUGUCCAGCCUUUCUCUGGUUUUGCCCAUGUCACUGGAAUUGGUUCCUUGUGCCAGUCUCUGACCAAAAGUCGAACUGGCUUCUGCAUUUGUCUGGCAAAUGCAAAGGUUUUUGGGAAAACGAGCAUCAUCUUCUCAAUUCUGUAUCUAUUCCGAAGCUUGCUUACAAUGGAAUGCGUUAAAAAUUUGGGAAGCUAGAGGGUCUUUUGAGACUAACUUUUACAAAUCAUCUGGAAAGAAAUGCAAGAAAAGUAGAUGUUUGUACUGCUAACAUUGACGGCUUAAUAUCCUUAAAUGACAAAAACUAGAAUGGUUGUCCCAAGCAACAUAGUAAGCAUUUCCGUAGGAAUUUGGGAAGACCCUUAACAUUGGAGAUGCCUUUACGCUUUCUCCCAAAGGAAAUUUGGAAUCUGGAAUUCAAGCAAUCGGCCAAGGAAGGAAUGAAUUUUAAGCAAAAAAGAAAUAAAUUGGAAAAAAAAAACUGUAAAUGUAAGUAUAAAUAUUGAAGUUCAGAUUGUAGGAAAUUAUGGUAUGAAGGAUGUUAGUGGAUAAAUUUGAAGGGAGGAAGACCAUUGACCCCUAACCACCAAGACUGAUGGUUUUUAUUAGCUACUAGUAUAAUUUCAUUAUCUGAAAUAAGGUAUCCUGUUUUGUGCCACAAAUACUAAAAAUUACAGCACUGGUAAAAUAUAUAUCUCCCCGAGAGAAUUAUUUGUAUGUUGACUUUGUUGGACCUCUCAUUUUCUUACAGUAUCAUUUGGU